AUGCAACCCGAUCCCUCUCUCCCGAAAUUGAUUCCUCUUAUCCGGCCCAACCUUCCUACCGGGGCAUAUCGCUCCCCAUCUCCCAGUCGGCGAACCAACGUUGCUAUGAUAUAUGCACGGCCGAGCUAUUCUGCAUUCAAACAAAUUAAUUCAGCGGACGAAGCGAGGAGACGAGCGGAGCUCGUGACUCCAGAGCUGGACGACGCUGCCUCUCCUUCAGGCCUUACCCCGCCAACGCCAACACCUGUUCGCUUUCCCUCACAACAAUCUCGCCUGUUAGACCCAGACUCGCCGAUGGACGAUCACGAGGAUAGCGAGGAGGACCAGGUAGAGAAAAUGGAAGCCAAGCUCGAGGAUGAUUUCGUCGAAAACAACACACUAUUGCCAGCUAACCUGCAUCCGGAUCUGACGAUGGUCGAUGCUUUGGCUUAUACCAAUUUGGAACCAGCAUUGGAGGAUCCCGCAGUCAAUGAUGCUCUCGACAAACUCUUCAAUACCCCUGCCUUUUACGAAGCAGCAGGUUUCCCUCUGCCAUCUCAUUUUCCGCACAACUCGUCCACCAUCGAGGAUCCUGCAGAACUUGUGCUCUUGCCUGAAGAGGCCCCUGACGUGUUGUCUUAUGCGAAAGAUCUCGUCCUUUACAUGAACGACCAGGCUAUCAAUGAUGAGCACCUGGUCCCAGGGGGUGGAGCCAGGCUGGCCGACAAUACCGUCUUCCAACAGACAUUUUUAACUGCACUGAUGGAAUCGUCGGCCCCAACAAUGACAAGUGAGAUGCUUAGCGUCAACAGCAACAAUCGGGGUUCGUUCGAUUCAGACAUCAUUCCCGUCUUUUCGGUACCAUCAGCUGAAAUAGAGGAGCCGACCAACGUUAAAUGUAGCAACACCAACGUGUUUGGCGACUCAGCCUCGACUGCGAGCGACACGCUGGCUGCGAACCAGUAUCAAGACUUGGUGAUGGAUAUAACCAACGAACCAGCCACUCCUGAGGCUAGUGUCGACGGACCCGAGAACGACAGGCCGCUGCAUCAAGUGUCCAACCACGGGGAGGCACACUCACAGUCUACCAGCCUCUCUCACCCAGACAAGAUCGAAACCCUUUCACCUCAAGAUUAUACUCUGUGUUCCCAGAAUUAUCUCAAGUUCUCCGACCAGCCCAUUCCAGCACCUACCCGGUUCCCUCCAAGUCCAAAUCGUCUUGUGAACUGUAGAUCACCUCUCGAUGAGGAUGGUAAACCUGAAGACGCCGAAUUUGAACCUGCCUUUUCGUUGCCAGCAGCAGAUAACCCCAUCCUCACCGUUAACUUGGCUUCGCUGUUGAAUGACCCAGAAGUGACCGACGGUUUGAAUGCCGUGAUCGACAAUCUUCAGUUGCAUAACGCACUGAAUCUUCCACUUGACGCAUCCACCAUCGACAAUAUUGCCCCAGAUCUCGUGUCUUUGCCUGAAGAGGCCCCUCAUGUUGAUUACUCCGAGAGUAUCAUCGAGUAUCUGAACAAUCAGUCCAUCUCAGACGAAAACCAGAUGGUGACGGCUGCGCUCAUGAACUCGUCGAACACCAUAGACGGGCAGGCUGUCAAUAGCAAGACACAUGGCUCGCUUCCAGCCGAUUCCGUCCUUCCAAAGUUAUCGGCCCAAGACGAGACGCAGACCGGCACUGCCAUUGUCAAUUCGAUUGAAGAAUUGGUUGGUCCCCAAGGAACAGACGACACUCUGUCUGCGAACCGGCAUGCAGACUUUGCAUUUGAUAUCAGCAACACGGUUGCUAACGAGCCUAACGAGGAGUCGAAUGUGUCGCACAUCAGUGGUGACGGAGUCGAAAACAAUGGGGUGUCAAAGAAAGUGUUCCAGCUCGGGGAUGCAAGUCUUUGGUCUCGAGACUUUGGUCUCAAUGGGCAAGUUCAGAACGAUGCUGGGAAACGUAAAGUAACUCGUCAAGUCGUGUUGUAA